AUGGAUCGAGUCCAGGCCCUCUCUGAACGCACUCCCGUGACGGAGGAUUUAGACUUCAAUCGCCCGAUCUACAUCGAGCAUACCCAGAUACCACCACCUCCUCUUCCAACUCCAGCCACCCCUUCCCUUUCGACUGUGAACGGCCCUAUGGGCACGCCACUGUUGUUUAGUCCGACUCCGAGUCCCCAGUACCCCAGUGCCGACUGGCUUGCCAAUGACCCGACUCAUGUCCAGCAGAUGAGCCCAGUCGAUUGCUCUUCUGGCUUCUUUAAAGAACAAACCCUGUCCUCAUGCCUGCAGGGCCUGAUCUCCGUGGAUGACCAUGACCAAACCCUGUUCACUCAUUUCGUUGACCAUGUCCUCAAGCUGGCCUUCCCAGUUCUUGAGGCUCACAGGGGAUGUCCCGGUCAGAUCACUGAGGUUCUAGGCUCCAUGCAAAGCAAUAGUUCAUACCUUCAUUGUUGCCUCAGCGCCGCUGCGGUCCACCUCAAGUCCAGCAUGCGCAUGGAGGAUCAAAUGGAUCAUGAUAUUGUCCAGCAUCGCUGGAACGCCCUUUCCCAGCUCAGCCGUGCUCUGGACCGUGGAAGUGGUCAUACCCAGGUGAUGGAUGCAACCCUCGCUUUGAUCUUUUAUGACUGCUCGGUGGGUUCCGGGGAUGAAUACUUGCCGGAUGUGCCCUGGACCAUUCAUUUCCAAGCCGUGUCAAGCCUCAUCAAGAAGCUCAACACCAUGCCUACUGCGUUCAACAUCUCUCUCGUUACUUGGAUUGAUAUCCUGGGUGCCACUAUGCUAGGCGAAACCCCUGAGUUUUCCCACACUUAUCGUACCAAGCAUGUGAGCGGUACUCCAUCGGGCAUGCAGGGAUUGAUGGGCUGCGACGACCGCGUUAUGUAUCUCAUCUCGGAGAUUGCGUGCCUUGAGUCCCUAAAGAAGGACGGCCUAAUUGACAACGCGGGCAUUUUCAGCCACGUUACCGCUUUAAAUGCGCAGAUUGACUGGACUGAGCCAGCCGAUCAAACUCUUCAGCCACCCUAUCUGCCGUCUGGGGCUAUAAGGCCAGAUAUGUUGACCAAAAUCAUCAGUGCUAUCUUCCGCAUCGGAGCUCGUAUUUACCUCUUCAGUCUUAUUCCAGGCUUCGAUCUCUUUGAGCCUGCUAUUACCAACAUGGUUGCAUCAGUCGCGGAGAUUCUGAACUACCUGCCCACCGGUCCUAAUGGAUACGACCGGUGCCUUGUGUGGCCAUUGUUUAUGAUCGGGGUCCACUCAGAACCUUCCAGCGUCUUUCGCAGGAGUCUGACCGAAAGAGUUGCAGCAUUAGGCUACUUAGGUGAUUUCGGCAGCUUUGGCCGGAUGUAUCGUUUGUUAAGGGAGGUCUGGAGAGUCAAUAACCAGACUCCCACUACUCCUACCACCAACCCCGACACUCAACAGGGGGAAAGCAUUUCUCAGGGCUCUGCUACUACCGGUCAGCAGAUGCAGCAGGUACACUGGCGUGAUGUGAUGCAGAACAAGGAGUGGAAGUAUCUUCUGAUAUAA